CCACCGAUGUCCAUUCAGUCCAUUGUGGUGCAAGUCCAGUGUGUUAACAAAAAGGUUGGCACCAUUAUCAACCAUGAAGUACGGAUUGUGGUGAGAGACAGGAACGAUAACUCGCCCCGGUUCCAGCAGCAGCGAUACUACGUGGCUGUAAAUGAGCUAACUCCAGUUGGAACAACCAUCUUUACGGGAUUUUCUGGAAACAAUGGUGCUACUGACAUUGAUGAUGGUCCAAAUGGCCAGAUAGAAUAUGUCAUCCAGUACAAUCCUAACGACAAGACUUCCAACAGGACCUUUGAUAUUCCUCUCACUUUGUCCGGAGCAGUAGUUCUACGGGAAAGACUAAAUUAUGAAGAGAAGACGCGUUAUUUUGUCAUUGUUCAAGCAAAUGACCGUGCCCAAAAUCUUAAUGAGCGAAGGACAAGUACAACCACCCUGACAGUUGACGUGCUCGAUGGGGACGAUUUGGGACCGAUGUUUCUUCCAUGUGUCUUGGUGAAUAAUACUCGUGACUGUAGACCUCUCACCUACCAAGCGAGCUUGCCAGAACUAACUGAUCCUGCACGUGUGAAUCCCAUCAGUGUCACUCCACCCAUCCAAGCCAUAGAUCAGGACCGAAACAUCCAGCCUCCUUCUGAUCGACCGGGCAUCCUCUAUUCCAUCCUAGUUGGUACUCCGGAGGAUUAUCCACAGUAUUUCCAUAUGAAUCUCACAACAGCUGUACUCACGCUCCUAAAGCCAAUAAAUAGGGAUUUACACCAGAAGUUUGACUUGGUUAUUAAGGUAAUUUUGGCUGAAUUCAUAUUUCCAUAUGCUUUUGAAAACUGCUUA